UCGUAAUGUCCCCUCUUCGUCCUCGUCCUCUGAACAAGCCUGUCCGUAUCGUGACCUGUGUCUGUUCUAGGUAGCUGCACGAGACUUUACCCGCGAUAUGACGCUUUCGCCUCACAUUACCUUUCUGUACCUUGCCUUAGCUAGCAGCGGCCCUUCCUCCGCCAUGUAUGAUACGUGUAUUCUAAUUUUCCUGCCUGUUUUAUGCUUUCACGUCAAAUCUUCCCCUUCCUCCCCUCAAGGGCCCUGCUCCUGGGACCCCUUGUUACUUUGGACCGCGACUGCAUCGGGCGCGCAAGGGAAAUUUCUCAGCCAACUGCCUGAGCCCUUGAAGGGUUGUACGGGCAAGGAACCAAGCUAGCCGUCGCCGCCGUUCGGUGGAUGAAGGGUGGUCGUCGAUGGGGAAAGGCGGAGAGAGGAGGAAGGCUAGGGAGAGGGGUGUGCAACAAGAGUAAUGGCGUGGAGGGCUUCGCUGGAC